AUGACUACUAUGCUUAAAGAAUCAUAUAAAUUAAUAUUAAUAUUAUUCGUAUCAUUAUUUGUUACAUGCUCAUUAUGUAUCAAUUAUCAACCAACCACUGAUGAUGAUUUAAAUUCAUCUGAACCAACUCAAAAAUGUGUAUUUGUUGAUGAUGAUGGAAAGACUAUUGAUUUGACUCCAAUCCAAGGGGGUUACUCUUAUUUUGAUGCACCAAGCGGUACUGAAUAUCAUUAUGGAAUUUGUUCACCAAAUAAAUAUUGUCAAAAAUUAUUAAAUACAGAUGUUGAAAUUGAAUCAUGUGGUAUAUUCUCAUCACCAAAUGUAACAUAUGCAAUUAGUUUAUUUGAUAGUAAUACAAAUUCAGUUCAAGUUUAUACAGAAGUUACAAAUUUAUUUUAUUAUAGAAAUGUUGGUGUAAAUGUUUGUCCAGGUAAUGGUUUAAUGUCAAUGCAAUUAGAAUUAAAUUGUAAUUAUUAUUUUAAUUUUACUGUCCAUACUGUUUUACAAGCUAGAACUUGUAAUACCAUAAUUUCAAUUGGUACAAUUCAUGCAUGUGAAGCCGGUAGUAAACCAGAUGAUACUCAUGUUUCUUUAAAUAUUUAA